CUUCAUCCCACUCUCCACUGCUCUGUUCUUCCCUCCCUCUUCUUCCACGACUCUCUCUCUCUCUCUCUCUCUCUGCUCUUCGCCUUCCGCCGGACCCAAGUCGAAUGGGAUUCUAGGGUUUCGCCUUCCGCGAGAUGGGCUGCUUCCACUCCAAGACAACUAACCUCCACUCCCCCGAAGACGAUCCCGACCACGCCGACAAGCCAGAUCACGAAACGAAUGGGGAGGCGGGGGACCAGGAUCAGAUGCCGGCCUUCAAGGAAUACGGGCUGGCGGAGCUGAGGGCGGCGACGAAGGGCUUCAGCCCGGACCUGAUUGUUUCCGAGAGCGGCGAGAAGGCGCCCAAUGUCGUGUACCGGGGAAAGCUUGAUGGAGGACGGCUGGUGGCUGUCAAGAGGUUCUCUAAGCAGUCGUGGCCCGACGCCCAGCAGUUUGUGGCGGAAGCUGCGGGGGUGGGAAAGGUGCGGCAUAAGAGGCUGGUGAACCUCAUCGGAUGCUGUGCGGAGGAUGACGAGAGACUUCUCGUCGCAGAGUUCAUGCCCAAUGACACAUUGUCUAAGCAUCUUUUCCAUUGGGAUAAGCAGCCUCUACCAUGGGCAAUGCGAGUUAGGGUGGCAUACUACAUUGCACAAGCACUUGAUCAUUGUAAUACUGAAAACCGGAGAAUAUAUCAUGAUCUGAAUUCUUAUAGAGUUCUUUUUGAUGAGGAUGGAGAUCCUCGUUUGUCUAGUUUUGGUCUCAUGAAAAAUAGCCGAGAUGGAAAAAGUUAUAGCACUAACCUAGCUUACACUCCACCAGAAUUCUUGCGAACUGGAAGGGUAAUUCCAGAGAGUGUAAUCUACAGUUAUGGAACUGUACUUUUAGAUCUUUUGAGUGGGAAGCAUAUCCCCCCAAGUCAUGCACUAGACCUAAUAAGAGGAAAGAACAUGUUAAUGAUUAUGGAUUCUUCCCUGGAGGGGCAAUAUGCUAAUGAUGAUGCUACUAAUUUCGUUGAACUAGCUUCAAAAUGUCUACAGUUUGAGGCUAGAGAUCGACCCAACUCUAAAUUUCUUCUUUCUGCCCUAGCACCACUUCAAACUCAGAAAGAGAUUCCAUCACAUGCUCUCAUGGGUAUAACAAAGACAGAACAGGUGCUGCCGGUUAUGUUCUCACCACUUGGAAAGGCUUGUGCAAGGAUGGAUCUAACAGCUGUGCAUGAUAUAUUGCUUAAGACAGGUUAUAAAGAUGAAGAAGGUGCAGAAAAUGAGCUUUCCUUUCAAGAAUGGACACAACAAGUGCAAGAGAUGUUGAAUACAAAGAAAUUUGGUGACAUUGCAUUCAGAGAUAAAGAUUUCAAGAGUGCUAUUGACUAUUAUUCCAAGGAUGGCCGAACGAAUCAUUACUCCUUCUCCUAGAAGCCACUCAGGAGGUUCAAGCCAAACCAAACCUCAGGGCCACUGCACACCUGAAUCAACUAAUAAACCAGGCGACCUCCUCCUGCAAUACCAACAAGAAAUGGAUAAGCUCAGAGCCAAGACACGUGAAGGACUCACAUUUGAUGAAAUGGGACUAUCUGAAAGAAGACUUGGAGCAAUUCAAAAGGAAGCCUCCCUACAAGCAUGUGAAGCAUUACAGCAAUUCAUGGACAUCCACCUAAUCAAGACUAAAGAAUAUCAAAGAAGGAGCGGUGGAAAAGACAACUGGUACAGGGACUGGUUACCAGUUGUCCUCCAGCAGCAACAACAACUGGAGAAGGCUCUAUCUCUGGCAAAAGACGUCUCACAAAGGACAACUAGCUUUAGCCUUUAGAGGUCCUGCAACAGCUGGAGCAUCUACUUUUCUUAGCCGCCAAGUAAAAACAAGUUGCGUGGGGUAGAGCACCUGUUUUUCUUAGCUGUCAAACGAGUUGAGCCCCGGGGAGCCGCUCGUAGUGUCAUCAAUAAUUGUACUAAGGAAUAUCCUUUCCUUCAGUAGGAAGUCUAGAAAUAUAUUAGAAGAAGAGAUAAGAAUGCGAUGGGGCCCAAUGAGUACCCGGUUCUAUCCUCUUCCUCUAUAUAUUCUCUAGCUUAGUCUCUUGCAAGACAUCGGUCGAAAAACCAGAGUCUUACUUGAGAAGAAGUCUAAGUCCAAUCCUUUGUAAGCAUUUUAAGCUUUCUAUAGUUCUUUGUGCUUAUCAUUUCUUACAAA